UAAUGAAAGUCGCAGCCCAAAAAACUAGAGAAGGAAUGUAAACAUUGUGGAGGUUGAGACGCGACCCACAACACUAACAACAUCGCCACAAGUUAAGAGUUGUGGAUGUUAUGGAGAGGUUUCCCCCGCGUGUCCCACACCCAGAAUGGAGGAGGCAGAUGUGAAGCAGCUUAUAUCUCUAAUUGAGUCGGCUCAGUUGCAGUAUGAAGUGGACGAGUCAGGCACAGUGUCUAUUGUUUGUGACCCAGUUCAGCUUGUUGGAUCAUCAGAAGAAAUUAGUGACACCGUUCUUGCUUCAAAUGCGGUUAGCAAUUCUACGAACAUUCUUACUCCAAAUUUGGAAGUUACUUUAGUCAGUGGAGAAGAUGAUGAGAAAGAUGUCACAGAUAUUAUUGCCAUUUCCUCUGUUGUUGAAAAGACUGAGACUUUUAAGGAUGCAGGCCUACCAAAAGUUAAAGAAGAGAAAAUUGAACAGAGUGAACGGCAGGAAACAUGUGAGGAAGAAGAUAAUGAAGGGGAAGCUGAACCUCAGUUGCAGCUCUCACCUUCUGGACACUAUUUUUUCCAGACUCCAGAUGGCCAGAUCAUUCAGGUAUUAGGACCCAUUGGUGAAGAUGAUGAAGAAAGCUCAGCACUGGAGGAAGUUGAAGCUGUAGAGUGUGGCGGGAGUGAAGCCUCAAGUUCAGUUGGCGAUGAUCAAGUACAAAUAUUUGUUGUUGGUGGCAAUAGCACUGAAGAUGUAUUUCUUAUCAAUACUCCUGAUAGAGCUGGAAAGGAUGCAGCACAGAGUCCAGUCUCUGUUUCAUCAGUGAUGCUCAAGAGUAAUACUUUAGUAGAUAUUGCACAAGAUUCUUCUGAAAUAAGUGAACAUACUUAUAUGGGUCCCUCAAUAUCAUCCUCAAGUAUUGCUAAGUCUAUCAAGGAUCAUGAGGAGGAUCUUGUACCCAUAUGUCAACAAGAAGACAGUAACAGCAAUGGACAUUCUUUAAAUGAUUCUUCCAAAAUGGAUGACCUGGAGGUGGAGAAAAGUUUGGUCCAAAAUAUGAGUACUUCUAAACCAAUCGAGAUGUCUGUUGCUUCACUCUCGACCCAAGAUCCUUUAUUGACUAUUACACCCAAUUUCAAACAAUGUAUUCUAUUAAAUCCCAAGACUAAGAAAAGAUUACCUCUUAAAAUGCAUCUACCUCGCAAGUCUCUUGGGGAAGGAAAAAUUGUUCAGACUGACAGAGGAGAUAUGAUUGCCCACAAUUUGUCAUCUGUUGCAAAAUACCAGCAGAAAGGACCAAACGGACAGAACACGAUUCUACAGAAUAUUGCUUCUGUAUUUGGAUCUGUGGUGAAGGUAUUGCGACCAGUGGAAGAAGAAAAGGAGCCAAAAGAAAAUAUCAUUACCAACAGAUUUUCCAUAUUAACGUGUGAAGAAUGUGGUGCUACUUUACAUUCGGAAAGAUCCCUUCAAAUUCACUGUCGUCGCUAUCAUAAAGAAUGGAAUGAUGAGUGCUUCGUCUGUGGUGCCAAAUUCCUCAACGCUCAGUAUGUACGAUCACAUAUACAAGCUGUCCACAGCAAGGAGACGUCCUUUCAGUGUCGCUUGUGUUUGUUUAAGUGUAGUGUCUUAAAAGAGUUUUUGAAGCAUCGUAAAAAUCAUGAAAAAUCUCAGUGUAAUAAAUGUGGGAAAAAAUAUAUUAUGCACAAACUCUUCAAGGAACAUGUAAUAAAUUGUAAAGUAAAGGAAAAAGUUGAAUCAAAACGAAAAUCUCUCUCUAAUUUAGCAAAUAAGAAAGAAUCUAGUAAAGAGGAAGAUCAUCAGUGGUCAGAUUUUGAAGAUGAAUUUAAUUCAGAGUACAGAAAAAGGGGAAAAAAAUUAAAAAAAGUUGAUAGCCCUGUAGUAAAUGGCAAGGUGGUGGAAAGUAAUUCAACAUUAAAUACAGUCCCUAAUAUAAAGAAGUCUACAAAGAAUGUUUCAGGUGAAGAAGCCAUAAAAUGUGAUGGUGAAUUUAAAAUAAAAUCCAAACAUUAUAAUCAACAAAUUGAGAAAAUGAGUGUAGAUCAAAAUUUUCAUAGAACUAACAGAACAAGUAGAGACAGAACUCAUCGUUGCUAUUUAUGCUUCAAGUUAUUCUCUACUGCAGCAAGCCUUGAAGCCCAUAAGGAAAAUUAUCACCUGGCCAAAUCUGAUCGACCAGUGCGGGUCAAAACGGACUUGAGACUGGAUGAGAAAGACGAGGAGGAUUUGGUUGAAUCUUCAGCUGCCGGUGAAAGUGAGUCAUUAUUUUCUGGAGCUCCUGACCAAGUUGUUGUGAAAGAAGAACCCAUGGAUUUUAAGGAGGAAUUUGAAAAUGUUACCAUUAUUUUGGAUGAAUGCAUGAAGUCGACCCACGUCAUAAAGCCUUUGUGCAUAGCUUGUAAAGCGCACACAAACACAGAUUUUAGAAAGUCCUCUAAUUGGUUUAACAAAAUUCCUGAUGGACAUCAGUCUAAUGCUCUGAAAAAAUUUCAGCAAUUUCUACCCUAUGUUAUAGAUUCUCAGUCAAUAAUAGAGCCUUGGGUGUUAUGUAAGAAAUGUGCAUUGCUUAUUGACAAAAUUGCUGAUAUGGAGAAUAAGUUAAAUUCAAUGAAAUGUGAUUUAAUGUCAAGGUUAAAUGGAACAACUGGACACAAACAUCAUUUGGAAAUUCAGCACUGCAACAUGAAGGAAAAUACUGAUCUUUCAGAAGUUGCUUGUGAUAGAGAAGGUAGCAAAAAAAUAUCUAACAUAGAUAUUGACAUAUUAGAAAUGAAUGAAGGUAUUGGAAAAAGUUUAGCAGAUAUAGAAGCAUACAUGAAAGAAACUUGCGAGAUAAUGGAAAUAACGAAGCCACGGAAGGGACCUGGGAGGCCAAGAAGACAGGAAAUAGAAAAACUGACUCCUGUUCUUGUCAGUGAAGAAGAAGAAAGGGCAUGUAUGACAAAUAUGGUUAAAUAUAUCACUAAAGGUAUCAUAAAGAAAGAAAGAGAAAGUAGUUCAUUAUGUUCAAUGGAAACAGAAGGUACAGAAAUGCAAUGUAAAGAAACAUCUACCAAAAUAAAUGAGCAGGUUCUAAUUAAGAGUGAACCUAUAGAAAAUUGUUUUCGUUCUGUAUUGCCCAAUUCUGAAUCAAUGUUUUGGGAUGAUACUGCAAGUAGUUCACUUUCUUCAUUAACUACCUUGCAAGAAGAUACGUUGUUAGUGGUAAAUUCUAAUAUAAAUAAGGAAAAAUUUACUUUGGGAUCAUUAUCAGCACAAGUGAUAAAGAAGGAACUCAAAAUGAGUGAUAAAGAGUUAGAUAGGAGAAGCAUAAGAAAUUUUCAGACGGAAGUUUUGGAUGACUGUGACCAAAACUCGAACUGUAUUAGUGAAGUUAGUAACACAUUGCCACCUGAUAACUCGCCUGCAUUUUCCAGUAAUACAACACAUGCGUUACAUGUAGCAGAUGAGAAUACAACCAAAAAUCAUGAAAUCUUUAAAGGAAAGAAGCACGACAUGCCAGCAUGUACUGAACCUAGAGAUGUAAAUACCAAUCUCAUGGCUAAUUGUGAUGGAGAUGAUACGCAGGAUGGUAUGGCAAAAAUUGUGGACGAUCCAGAAAUAUCUACUAGUACUGAUGAGCAUAAAGACCUCCAACUUUCUAGAGUGCCUUCUGAAGAACGUGAGGUAACUGGGGUCGGCAAUCAACUUAAAGUUUUGGGUAAGAAACGUUCACAGAUGCGCGAAGAACGGGAAAAGAUGUGCUAUCGAACUGAAGGUACCUCAAAAAAGCCUUGGAUUUGCAGCGAGUGUCACAAAGGUUUCUCCACUCAGCGGGGUGCUUGUGAUCAUUAUGCAGCAUCCCACAAAGGACAGAGCUUUUCAUGUGACCAUUGCAGUGCCUCUUAUGUGCGGAAAAGGGACCUCAUCGGCCAUUAUAACAAAGUGCACUUUAACAUCAAACCCUACAAAUGUAAGAUACCCGAAUGCACAGAGAUAUUCAGCACGCAUAAUGAUCUGUAUCGUCACCUGCAGUCCGUACACAGUGUGCAGAAUGAUGCUAGCUUUGAUUGCCAUAUAUGCAGUGCCACUUUUGCAAAGAAGCGUUACCGAGAUGCACACGUUACAGUCUGUGUUAGCAAGAGCGGCGAUGCUGAGCCACACAAGUGUCCGCUGUGUGAGAAACCAUUCAAGUUAUCAAGAUAUCUUCAGUUACACAUGCGAUCUGUUCACUCCUGGAAAAAAGAGCAGUUCUUCUGUGAAAUUUGUUCUAAACUACUGACUGAUAAAAGGAAUUUCAUUUUGCACAUGAAAAGCCAUUUGGGAGAAACGAGAGUAUCAUGCGAGGUGUGCGGUAAACAGUUCAACCGCAAAUCUUACCUGUGGACUCAUAUGCGAAUACAUAAUAAUCAGAGGCCUUAUGGGUGUAAUUAUUGUACAAAAUGGUUUAAACAGUAUAGCACUUGGAAAAAUCAUGAGAGAACUCACACUGGAGAAAAGCCUUUUAAGUGUUUUGUCUGUAAUGCAAAUUUUUCAACACAUUCAUCAGCAGCAAAGCAUGUACAGUAUGCUCAUUUCAAUAUAAGGAAGUAUUCUUGUGAUAUAUGCAAAAAAACUUUCAUUAGUAAACCCAAACUGGAAGAACACAAUAAAGUGCAUACUGGUGAGAAGCCAUUCAAGUGCCAUGUAUGUAAUCGGGCUUUUAACAAGAAAAACAAUCUUGCCACCCACAUGUAUGUUCAUUCUACAAACAAGCGGUACAGAUGUGAAUUGUGUGGAGAAGGUUUUAUGAGGCGUUCAACCAUUGAAAGCCAUAUUACAGACUGUCAUAAACUGGAAUUUUUACUGGGCUCUAAUAGUGCAAAUACAAAUGCAGAAAAGGAGGAAGGAACAGUAGCUUUUGCUACAGCACCAUUCAUAUCACUAGUAGGAGCAGAUGAUAUAAGUGGAGAGGACAGUUAUAUUGUUAUUUAUGCAGAUGAAAAUGAAGACCAUGACAACUCGAAGGAAAUGCAGGUCACUGUGCUGGCCGAGGAUAAUGCAUCUAAUCAGGUUGCAGUCACAAGCAAACAUGAUUCAUUAUCAACCGAUUGUGGAGAAGUUAUUACCUCGGUAGAAUCCUCGGAUGUCUUGUCAGAAGUGAUUCUUGAAGAUUCAUCUAGUAAAAGAUCUGAUUCUGUUCUUACUCUGAUUCCAAAAGGUGAAGUUUCUACAAUAACAAUGCAAGAAAAUGACGAUGCCAGCAUUACCCAAGUGAUGGAAAUUGAUCCAUCUCAUUUCAGACUAGUAACUUCAGAAGACACUUCUGGUUCAAUAUAUACAGAAUAAUUUUGUAUUGUACUGUGUACUGGUACACAGUACCAAGGUUACUGUGUAAUUUAAAUUCAAACUGUGUACACAGUAAAUUUUAAUAAAACUGCACACUCUAAGUAUAGCUCUGUUAUGCUAUGAAAGCUUAUCUCUCAACAUUCCAAAGAUAAUAAAAGCUUAAAAGCUUUCUGAUACUUCAAGAAUAUUUAGACCAUAUGUACAGUUAUUACACCCCAAAUCUUUGCUGUUAUUCAUUAAAUUAUUAAUUUAU